AUGCGUUUCUCUAGGAAUCUGAAGUCAUCCACCCAAUCUAUUCCCAGCCCUGAUGGCGCAUACAUCGCAACGAUCAUUUCUUCCAAGCUCAACAUCCGCGAGACGCGUUCUCUUGAGACUCUACGCGUUAUAACCCUGCCUCCUGAACUUUUGAGCUCCAUCUCUUGGUUCUUAUGGUCUGCUUCUUCGACUCGGAUUUUGCUUGCAUCUACAGACAAUAUCCGCGUCUACUCCAUUACCAAUCCCCAAUUCUCAGCCAAUAUUACGAGUCCAACUUCUGGAACAACAAAGGUUACCUACAUAACAUUUGGGGCUACCGAUGAUGAAAUAUGCGUUUUCUCGGACUUUGGACUGAAGCUGUCCAUCAUGAAUCUGGCAACAUCAAAGUCAGUUGACAUCAACUCACCAAAAUUCUAUCAUCCAGGCAGUGCCGGCAAGGGCUUCUCAUAUCGCCCAGGAACAAAGAAUCUGGCUCUCUUGACGAGAAGCGGAGGGAAGGACAUCAUAAGCAUCCAUACGUUAGAGAAUCUGGAGGUCAUGAGAGCGUGGCAUUCAGAAAGCAUCGAUGCUCAAGGGAUUAUUUGGAGCCCGGAUGGAAGGUGGCUUGCAGUAUGGGAAUCUGCUUCGCAAGGGCAUCGGAUAUUCGUAUACACAGCGGAUGGACAUCUUUACAAGACAUGGAACGGGCCAAAUCCAACUUGCCACGAGGAAGCUGAUAUCGAGCUUGGCGCUGGUAUCAAGAUGCUUGAUUGGAACAGAACGGGAACUUAUGUUGCAAUUGGCGAUUACAGCUCUAGGGUCACUCUUCUUGCAACGCCUUCUUUCAAUGAAUCCAUGAAUGCUAUUCAUACGACAUCAGUCACCCCGGCCGAGUCUCUACAGGUAUGGCAAGAACAAAUCGUUCCCUCACAGCAUGGAGGGGUAGAACGAGAAUUCGCGGCAGCAACGCAAGCAAUAUGCCCACCGACCUCAGGAACUACCCCAGCCAGUAAUAACGAUGUCAAAACUGGCACGAACCUAUUAUCAUUUGAUAAUUCGGGGACUUUGUUAGCCACAAGAACCGAGAGCAUGCCAAGCACGAUUUGGAUCUGGGAUAUUGGUACGCGAAUACUCAGAGCAGUCAUGAUCUUGCAUUCUCCAAUCGCAAGAGUCACUUGGCAUGCGAAAAUAGAUGAGUUGCUUAUGAUCAGAUGCGAAGGCGAGGAAACGCGAGGCCUCGUACACCUCUGGGAUCCAUCGUGGGAGAAGCCUAAAGUCGUCAACUUUGCGACUGAAAUCCCAGGCGGCAAGGUUAUUGGUAAGACAAUUGUGCGUUGGCUGAACGUCGACGCGGAGCACCCGGCGAUGCUAUUCAGUGAUACGCAGGAUUGCAUGCUUGCAUCGGUCUCUGAAACGGAUGACGGUGAUGUACCAUGGCAAGAUGCUGUAAUAAGAGGAUUUGAUAUUUAUGGACAGAGAGAGGAAUCACCCUUGACCUUGGUAUCCGCGGACGAGAAAAGACGGCGUGGAAAGACGAUUGAGUCUUUGAUGGAGGAAGAAGACAUGACGACAAUGAGCGGGGGGAGUGACGAAGUCGAUGAUACAUUUCAAUUUCGAAAGUUUGUGGGACCUGAAAGCAGUCCGUGGACAUGA